AUGGCCUCUGCCCUCACGCAACUGCUGCGAUGUCCUCUCCUCACUGCAGCUAUUUUCAUCACUGGCAUCGGUGGCACCUUCCAGUACGGUUUCCAAAUAUCUGUCCUGAACUCUCCCUCCACAUACAUCAGGGAGUUGAUUAACGUCACCUGUACGGAGCGGUAUGGCCUUAACCUGCCGCCAUGGCAACUGUCAAUCAUCUGGUCCUUUGUGGUGUCAAUCUUCUUUAUUGGAGGGAUCAUUGGUGUCCACUGCGCUAUGCAGCUGGUGGACAAGUAUGGCAGGAAGAGAUGCCUGCUGCUGAACAACCUGCUGGCGAUCGCGGCGGCCGUGAUGAUGGUGCUGAGCAAGACGGCCGUGUCCUUCGAGAUGAUCAUGGCGGCUAGGUUUAUCUAUGGCAUCAACGCAGGGGCAGCCAUGUUGGUCCACGGCCUGUACUUGUCCGAGAGCGCCCCCAAGAGGCUGCGAGCGAUGGUGGCCUUCACCAUGACCAACUCCAUCUGCAUUGGAAAAUUCACUGGCCAGCUCCUUGGCAUCAGUGAGCUGCUGGGUACAGAGGAGCGCUGGCCCUGGUUAUUGGGGGUUGGUGGUGUGACGGGGCUGCUGCAGAUGAUGACACUGCCCCUGCUGCCAGAGUCGCCCCGGUACCUGCUGAUCAUGAAGGGAGAUGUACAGGCCUGCGAACAGGCCAUGGAUCGUCUGUGGGGCGGUGGUGUGGACCACAGUGCUGAGAUGGCAGACAUGUGUGCGGAGGCGGCGGUGUUGAAGCGGGUAAAGAGGAGGGGGGUGCUGGACCUCUUAAGGGAGCCCUCGCUACGCUGGCAACUCCUCACCGUCAUAUGCCUCUUCACCACCACUCAGAUGAAUGGUGUCAACGCGGUGUACCUGUAUUCGUUCGAUGUGUUCAGGGAGGCAGGUAUAGCUCCUGAUCAGAUGCGCUAUGCUGCUCUGGGCACCAGCCUGUGUGAGCUCUCCUCAUCCAUCCUCUGCGUCCUGGUUAUAGAACGUACAGGCAAGAAGCUGCUUCUGCUGUGUGGAUUCUUUGGGAUGACCACCAUGCUGGCCCUACUCACAGUUACUUUGUACUUACAGAGUGUGCUCUGGUGGAUGUCCUACUGCAGCUUGGUCUUGAUCUUCUUAGACAUCCUUUUCUCCUGUGCAACAGCCGGUUCCACAGUGCCCAUACCUGGGGAGCUGUUUGACCAGUCCUUCAAGGCAGCUGGAUUCACCAUCGGCACCACCGUCAACUGGACUGUCCUCUUCCUUGUGGGGAUGCUGUUUCCACUCGUAGUGGAGUACCUGGACUACCUCUGUUUCCUCAUCUUCCUAGUGUUCUGUUUUGGCACCGGCCUCUUCGUCCGCUUCCACGUUCCAGAGACGCGGAACCGCACGGUUCUAGAGAUCGCCGCCGAGUACAAGAGGAUGCACACGAGACACGCACCUGCCUCUGCCUCGGAUGUUGAGAAACACCCGCCUGUCUCUGACAACCAACACCCACCUGUGGACGUGCAACGCACAGCAGUUGUACCAAUGGAGAGACACACGCAGGUGGCGUGGAGUAAAGACCGAUCCGAAACCGAAGUGGUGCGGUCGGGCCAAAAUCAGAUGGUGCAUGCCACCAGACUCUGAUUGUCUGGCGCUGAGCAGGCACCGCCGACAGCGGGUGGACAGAGGGAUCUGUUGUCCUGGGCUCAGGGAGAGAAGGGCCCCAG